AUGAGUCGAUUUGCUUUAAAAUCUCGAAUAUAUUCUGAUUAUGAUGAAAUAGUAACAGUAUUUUCUAAAAUUGAUCAAACAUUUGAUCGUUAUUUAAGGACUAAAAAUAUUUAUUCAAUUGAAUUAUCUUUUAAACAAUUUCAUCAACAUCGUUUGAAACCUAUACGUGAUGGUUGUCGUGAAAUAACUGAUGAACUUGUAGAUAAAUAUGGUCCAUAUACAAUGGAAAAUGAUCUUAAUCAAAUAUUUCUAGUUGUAAAACAAUAUGAAAGAGAAAUUGAUAAAAUUUAA